CGUGAACGAUACUAAAUAGCAAGUCGCUAGAAUUCAGCGCUAGCUAUUAGCUAUAGUAUUGCUUUAUCUUUUCAUACCUUCGCAUGAAGAAAUAUUAAAGCGGACGCGAAACAUACAAUACCAUUCUGUAUUAGAUCGAACGCGUGACAUAGAAAAACGCGGGUAUUAAAUUGUGUAAAAUUGAUUUACAAUUUCAAAUUCAUCGUUAAACAACAGUAUAAAGAUUUAUAAUUUUCAAAGAUGCAUAUACUACGUGUUAUUGUAUUCAUACUUUUUGCAUUUGUGCUGAUCGUUUCCGAAUUUUGGGCAACAACUGAGGCGACUAAAGUGAUCUUCUAUAAUCAAAAGUCCUCCGUGCAGAAAAGUCAAUUGCUUUCGACACAGAUAAUGUCGCAACCUUGUCCAAGAGGAAAAAUGCGAGAUCAUCGCAAUCGUUGUAGGCGUGCCGUUAUAUUUAGUAGGAAACCAAAAUAAAAGGCGCCCGCAUACACUCAUUGUCGAACAGUAUCGUAUUGAAUUUAUCGAAUGGAACUGGCAUGCGCCCAAGAUCCGACGCCACUCAGUUCUCUUUGGCGAAGAGAUAAGCCAGUGGAAUACUUUAUUUUAUAUUUUUUGUGUUGAUUGGUAUAUAUGUACCAUAGUUAAAAAUUAAUACCAUAGUUAAAAAUUAAUACUAUAAGCAAACAUGUUUUUAGGUGUGUGUGUGUCUGUAUGUGUAUUCAUACUUAUUGCCUGUAUUUAUGGUUGUGCAAGUUAGGAAGUAAGAAUUAUAAAAAAAUAUAGAGGAAGCAUUGUAACCAAACAUUUUUGUAUCGAUCAAGUAUAUCCACUAUUUACCAUACAUAUAAUUUGAUACAUAUGUAUUUCUGUUAGAGUAAAAUUAUUCUUUUUUUCAUUUUUAUCUAAUACGUAAUAGUAAAAUAAACAAUACAUAUGAACGAUUAUUUAAAACUAUUUAUGAUGUAAUAAAUUUACCACAAAAGCUGGAGAACAUGUUUUGUUACGUACAUAGUUUGAAUAUUUUCAAAUACACUCAUAGGUACCUACAUUUUAUUAUCAGUUUGUCUUUGCAAAAGCUUAACCCAUUCGUAGGCAAGUUACACACAAUAAUACUUUUAAUAUCAUUAGUUAACUAGAGGUACGUAACUUUAUUCUUACAUAUAGGGUCAGCGGGAUUUAUGGACCAAAUUCAUUACCCUAUAUUAUACGAAAGAUUAUAAUCUAAUUGACGUGCUGACCAAUAUGUUUGAGUUUGGAUUAACCAUAAUCCCAGAGAUCAUAAUAUUUGGUAUACGGGGGCUAAGGGUUGUACAGAUUAACUUUUAGCGUAAUUUAAUAAAUGUAUCAUCCAAAUUUUUCUAUUUUCAUAUUCAAAUAAAAUAUUAUCACCAUA